CAUAUUUUUCACCCGAUCCGAGAUCAGUUUGGUGUCGACAAUCAUCGGAAGGGAUGGAACGUUUGUGUCGCGCGUGUACUCGCUAGGAUAUGUGCCCUUUCUGCUUGUCUCUUGGCACCAGUGAGUGAAAAGUUCCACUGAGUUGGCUUCCGAAGGCUAGGGCGCUAGGCGCUUGUGUUAGGCCUAGCAGUGCGCCAUCGGCGGCGGCGAAGAAGAGCGGUAGUGCGAACAACAGAGGAAAAAGAAGAACGUAGAAAAAAAAAACAGCACACGAUAUCUGUCGGAUUCCAUUGUGUGUGCCAUCGGCAAAUAUAUCUGCUGAUCUGUGCGGCCGUCUGUCUAGCUAGCUUUUCACCAAACCGAACCGGACGACGACGGUGUGUGGUGAAAAUCGAUAUUUUCCUAUGCGCUUAGACCAAUUGGGGAAGCACGGGGAGAAAGAGGAGUUCGCAACCUAUGGUGGCACAUUGUGCGAAAGUGAUUAACAGAACAGAGGAAAAAAGUUGCGAUUCCCUUCGAAGAAGGAUGUGUCCAGCGUUUAGUGAACGGGUGGCAAAAAUCACUUCGCGGAUGAGGGAGUUAGAAUUGACCUUGGAUUAUGCGUUGUGAAGAAUUGGUGCUUCCGGGUGUUCUUCUUGUCGAACCGCAAGACUCGAUACAUACACGACAGAGUACAAGUUGUGAAGUAAGUGACCUCUAAUCAGAUUUGCGCGCCAUGUAGGAAAUGUGAACACUGCGUGUUAUCGACGUUGUUCUCACCGGAUGUAUGAACCUGCUACUGUGUGGAACGUCGUUCGUCUGUCACUGUUUCAAAGGUCACGGAAAUGUUUCGCUGGAUUAAUGCUUUAAGUUAAACGUUCGUACUUGCUCGGACUAUUUGAGCGCGAUUGUGUGCGGGGUUUGGUGCUGGCGUGGAAAAUCAUUUCCAGAAGAGACUUGCGUGACUCAGCAGAGUGAGAAGAAAACAAAAAAAAAAUACAACAGAAAAGGCAGUUGGGCGGGAAAAGUUACCUCCCGGAGGAAGUUCGCCUCUAUCGGAAGGGCAAGUAAAAAGUGUACGAAAUAAAAAAAAAACAUGAAGCGCAUUAGCUGCCGCGGUUUGCCAAUUCAUGGUUCGGGGGGCGUUUGAAAGAGUGUGGCCCCAGGUAGCUUAGAAAGGAAGACGAAAAAACAGAUUCACCAGUUAUACAACAGCCAGUCCCCGUAGUACUCGGGCCGGGCAGACAGGUUCCAUCAACGUCAACACGCCUUUGCUGCCACUGCUGCUGCUGCUGCUGGUGAGCUGCGAAAAGUGGCGAACGUGCGGAACCAGAAAUGGAAUUCAUGCAGAGGAAUAUAAUCAUAUCGCUUUUGAUCUUCGUGCUCGGGCUGGCAAAAGACAUUUGCUUCUGCCUGCGGCUGACGGAGGUCCGCAUUCCGAAUCAUGUGGCCAAGAACAGCACCGUCCAGCUCGAGUGUCACUUCGACCUGAACGGCGAAGCCCUGUACUCUGUCAAGUGGUACAAAGACGGUAACGAGUUCUACCGGUACGUUCCUAGAGAUAAUCCACCAGCUCAGUUCUUCCUGCUGACGGGGGUGUCAGUUGAUCUGCUGAAUUCGACUGAAAAUCAGAUAGUGCUGAACAAUGUAACUUUGGCUUCGUCCGGGCGGUAUCGCUGUGAAGUGUCCGCCGAGGCACCCUCCUUCCAGACCGUCUCCAGCCACGGUGACAUGGUAGUGGUCGCCCUGCCGGAAACGGAUCCAAAAAUCACCGGUGGAAAACCACGCUACCAGAUCGGUGACAUGGUGCGAGUGAACUGCACAUCGGGCCGGUCGAAACCGGCGGCCAAGCUGACGUGGUUCAUCAACGGCGAGGUGGCCGAUCCGACCAUCCUGCGCCGCUACGACACUGUGAUAACUGGGAGAGAAGGCCUAGAGACUACAAUUUUAGGAUUAGAGUUUCGCGUACGGUUGCGGCAUUUCAAGCGCGGCGAUAUGAAGCUGAAAUGCGUAGCCACGAUAGCACACGUGUACUGGAAGAGCAACGAAGAGAGCGUCGAGGGCGAUAAGCAACCGAAACCACCGGCACUAGAGUCGAAAGAGACACUCCAUCCGAAUGGUUCCCGGGCGGACCGGCAAGAAAGCAACUCCAGUUCCAGCAACCAUCGGCGGAGAUUUAUGGCCGGUGCCACUGCCAACGUGCUUCUGCUGCUCCUCCUGGCCCUUCUCAACUCGUUGUCCACGUGCUCGGCGGUGUCGCCUCCGCCAAGGUCCUCCCCGCUUGGGAGAUAACUUCAUCCAUUCACGGCGCUGGAUGGAAACAAGAAAAAACUAUCAGCAUCUCGGCGUUAAAGUCGCUGCCGGGCUCUGACUAGCUGAAGGCGAAUCACGUAUCUUAGUGGCUUUUAUAUUACGUUUUAGAUUUUAAUGAAGAAGUAAACCCACUUCCAGUCCCUCCUCCUCCACCCUCCCGGAGUCCGCUUAGUCGCCCCUCCUCCCCCCCCCCCUCCUCGGGGUAUUGCUCGGGGGCUAGGCAAAUCUAGUGCCCCGGAGGGGCGGGAACAAGGCAAGGGAUGCAAGGGAUCGCGAGCAAACACUUUUUAGAUUAAAUUGAAUGCCAAAGAUAUAAAACGAGAAGCUGUAAAUUUUGCGAGAUUACUAACUGAACGGAACCAUAGGCGAAGGGAUCGUGGAAGAAGAAAAUAUUACCGUGUGCCAUUGCGAGUGAAAUUGUUAGAAAGAAAGAGCGCGAAAAAGAAUGUAAAAACAAACAAGAAAGCACGCGAAAGGGAUUCCAGCUGUAAGAUAGGAUCCUGUACAUACUUAGGUGUAGAAUUUGUUUCUAAGUUUUAACAAUAUAUCCCGAGUUGGACAACUUCGGAGGGAAGUUUAUUUUAAGUUGCUAAUUUGGGAGAACUAAAAUUUAGACAAAAAAAAAACAACAAAAACAAGGUUGAAAACAUCGAUCAUUAAGCGGUCUCGCAAUUAAUACAUGUCAAUUUAAGAAAAGAAAAAAAAAGUUAAUGCUAAUGAAAGAUGAACAAUGUUUCUAUAAAAAAAAAAUGCAGUAUUACUUAUCGUUGAACUAAACUAACACAAACAAAACUGAAACAGACUAAACUAAUUCGUCAUAUCAGGUGGGAAUACGCGUAAAUACACACACUCACACACUUUUUAAAAUACUUAUUUAUGUGACGAACAUUUCGCUCUUAAACUUUAAAAAAACGUAUUUAUCGUAAAAGAAAAAAAACCAACAACUUCAACCGAAUCAAAGUUGUUUACUCAAAUUCAAUGUGAUUUUUUGAAAAAAGUCAAACAAAACGCAAGGUCUAAUUUCCUUCGCUAAGUUUAUAAUCAAGUAAAAUCUAUGCGAGAAAAAAAGAGAUAAAAACAAAAAACAGUAUUAUCGAAUGAAUCGCCUAUCAUAGAGGGAAGAACUGGUCAAAUAGAAUAGAAAAACGCCCAUCCGCGUGCAUCCAUCAUCAUCGGAACUCAACCGAACUGUGUAGCGGGAGCGAGAAAGAGCGAAAGAGAAAGAGCCAUAUCAAAUUGUACCCCAACAGAACCCUCCUCCAGUUUUCUCACAUCUCACAUAGCAACAAAAAUAUCUUCGAAAGAAAAAAGCGUAUCAUUUGUUGUUAAACUCGACGAGAGAAAAAUAGCAACAGUAAUAAGAAAAUAUCAUCAAGACUUUAGAAGACCGUACAUACCUAUAGAAGAAUAAACCCGAGGAAAGUGUUUUUGUUAGUCCAGAAAAUUUGAGGAGUUUAUAUCGCGAUGCAGCAAAUGACAUCGUUAUGAGCGUUUGAGUUUGUUAUCGCAAGAAUGGCGCGCGUUUGUUAAGCCUUUUGGUUGGCCUUUGUUUGACGUGAGUGAAGAGAGAGCAAAAAAAAAAAAAACAAUGGAAAAUGAUGAGAAAAAAAAGAUUAUAAAAAAAAAACAUUUGUUACAAUUCGAUGGCGGGAUAAAGUAAAUACAACAGAGAUUGGUUCACUGGAAAAUACGUCGAAGGAAAGACAAGAAGAAAAAAACAAAUCGUUAGACGUAUCUUAGCGAAUAGGAUUGAUUAAUUAUUGUAAAUAAUUUUCAUAUGAAUCAGAUACGAUUUAGUCUAUUUUAAUAAAUGUAUAAAUUCAUGAACCUUUUA